AUGGAGCCGGCCUCCCCAGUGUACACGCCUGCGCUGCUGCAGGGGGAGCCGCCUCCAUGGGCGCACCCCACGCCGUCGCCAUCGCCCCUGGUCAGGCUCCCCGGCGGGCACGACUACGGCGCUGGCUCUGGGGGCGGCGCCGCGCCAGAGCAGAACUUCCUCUUGGGCGAGGAGCAGCUGUGGGGCAUCUGCGAGCCCUACAUCCAGGAGCCUCAGGAGAUGAUCCUGGGCUUGCAGCAGGAAAUCCAGAGGGCGGCGCAGGCGCUGCUGAACCAGAGCAGAGCGGGCGGUUCCCCGUCGCGGAUGCCCCCGAGGCAGGGAAUGGGACGUCGUGGUGGCCUGCCGCUCACGCAAGUGGACGCUUUCAACGCCAUGCCUUUCGGCUCGCUGCUGAACUCGCCCAGCCCGGGCAACCGCGCGGUCCCUUGCGAGCCGCUGCGCGAGGAGGCAGACGCGCUCUCCGCCCAUGGGGCGGCCGGCCAGGGAGGCUUGGACGAUGGCAGCCCUCGCAUGUCUGGCCUCGGCGAGGGGCAUACGCAGGAUGCCGCCUUCCGUCGCACACCGACCAGCGUGUCGCCAGCAGUCCCAGCGGCCCCAGAGCCGCCGCCGGACCCGACCGACGGAUGGCCCCGCACGUCACCAGCAGAGCAGGGCUCCGGGGCGUCCCGCGGGCGGGCCGUACUGCUCGCCGACUCCGGGACGUCCACGGCGCAGCCAGCGUCCAGUCGGGUGCUGCCGGAGGCCCCGCUGGCGCACCCCCAUGGCUACAGCGCCGGCUCCGUGGACGACGCGCCCCUGGAUGCUGACAGGAGCGUGAUGGUGUGCCGGCACUGGAGGUCGAAGGGCUGGUGCCGCCUGGAGGGUGGGUGCAAGUUCUUGCAUCCAGACGGCAAGAGGGGCACUGCCCCGAAGAAGGGCGGCGGCGCCGCCAGGGACGGCGCUGGCUCGACCAGCGACGGCGUGCCCCCUGGCGGCGCGGCGGCCGCCAGCGGGAGUGCAAGGGCCACGGGCACGAGGUCGUCCAGGCGUCUCGGGCUGGGCAGGGGCGCUCGAGGCCAGCACGCCGGCGGCGCAGCUGGCCCAGGCGACGGCCACGCGUCGGCUCCUGCGCCAGCGCACGCGGCGGCCAUGCAGGGGGCCCCGCCGAGCGGUCCAGGUCGGAGUGACCAGGGCAGGCACGGCAGGCCUUCCGGCAGCCUCAGCACCCACUGUGCCAGGCGGCUCGGGAGCGCGACCUGCGACUCCAGGGCCACGGAGGCAGGGCACACGCCCCUGCCCUCGUCGCCCGACGCCAUCGAGCGACGGAGGUGGAAGAGGUACUGGUCGAUGUUCCACGAGCUCCAGAGGCACCGCCGGCCGCUGGCGGAGGCCGCCGUGCACGCGACCGAGCCGACGCUGGAGUACGCGGCCGGGCGCCCCGAGCCGCAGGACCAGCUGGGGCAGGCGCCCGGGCAGGAGCCGCCGAGCGACGACUGCUGGCGGCACCGCGGCCAGAACCGCAGGUCCCACUUCCUCGGGGAGUGCCGGCGGCCGCCCCCGCGCCUCGGGCCCCCGCCCCGGUGGCCGCCCGCGCCGCCGCCGUGUGCCGAGGUGCCCUCGGCGGCCGCCGCGCUGCCCGUCGGUGCUCUGAGAGGAGACUGGAUGUGCCCCCAGUGCGGGGACCACCAGUACGCCCGCAAUUCGCACUGCAGGAACUGUCAGCACCAACGCCCUGCAAACGUUCCUGGCAGCAGCGGGCCUCGAGGCGUCCACAGAGAAGGAGACUGGCUGUGUGUCAACUGCAACGAGUACCAAUUUAGCAGCCGAGCUGAAUGCAGGAGGUGCCUCGCGCCGCGGGCCGCGCCGCUCGCGGGCUGA